AUGUCCUCUGCUCAUGAUGCCACCACCAAGAUCUCCAUUGACAAGUUCGACGGCGACAACUACGCGACAUGGAGCCGCUACAUGCGUGGCGUGUUCCUGACCAAGUCGACGUGGCACGUGGUGAACCGGGAGACGUCACCGACCUACGCGGACGAUCGCGCCAUGGACGACUACGUCAAGGCCAACAACAUCGCUUUCGGACUGAUGUUGCUGCACAUGGACGCGGACUACCAUCACAUCGUCGAUGACUGUGAAGAGGCGUGGGUCGCGUGGGCGCGUUUGAAGACGCUGUACGGCGGGUCGCAGAAGGCUGGACGCAUCUACUUGAAGCGCCAGCUGUUCAGCAUGGAGAUGGCGGAAGGCGGCAAUGUGAUGCAUCAUUGCAACGAAGUCCUCAACAUCAGCGCGAAUCUCAGCAGCAUCGGCGCCAAGAUGGAGGACGAGGACGUGGCGAUCUGCUUGUUGCGCAGCCUCCCCAAGAGCUACGAGAACGUCGUUCUCAGCUUGGAGAUGAGCAACGCGGAACUGCGAUCGCUAGACGUCGUGAGAGUGCUCACGAAUGAGCACAUCAAGAGACAAGGUGACAAGACGACAUCGGUGAAGACUGAAGACGCGGCGAAGGCGUUCAGUGCCGAGCGUGAACCUCGCCAGUGUACAUACUGCGGAAAAUUGGGGCACACGGCGGAGCGGUGCUGGACCAAGCAGAAGGACGAAAAUCAAGGUGGAGCUCGACGCGGCGGCAACAAUGCUCGUAGACGCGGAGCCAACAACGUUCAGUGGCGAACCAACAGCAACUACGACGACAACUACGAUCGAGUUGCGUUCACGGUUUCGCUGGAGGCUGGACUUUCGACGAGCAAGAAUAUGCCAGGGAUGUGGGCAGUCGACAGCGGUGCGACGCAUCACAUCUGCAACGACAAGGCCAAGUUUGCAAGCCUGAAUGAGCGAGAGGAAGGCGAACUAUCAGUGGCUGAUGGCAGCAAGGCUGCGAUCAAGGGUGUGGGAACCAUCAUGGAACGGGUGGUUCUGCCCAAUGGUGACGAACGCGACAUCGAGAUCAAGGACGCACUGUUCGUACCAAGUAUGAGCAAGAAUCUGCUUUCGGUGCCACAGAUCAACAAGGGUGGCAGGUUCCAAGUCGUGUUCGAUGGAUCCAAGAUGCAAGUGAAGCGCAAGAAUUCCACACAAGUCGUGGCAACAGCGGAUCUCGUCGAUGGACUUUACUGGCUGCGGACUACUCAACGAUCGGCGAAUGCAGCAACACGCAAUGGGACUAUCGACUUGCAUGCGCGCAUGGGUCAUGCACCCCUCGAAGUUCUGCGCAAGAUGGUGGUCACCGGCAUGAUCAAGGACGCCAAGGCACCUCUCAACUCGACUGGUCCAAGUGUGUGUCGCAGUUGCCAGCAAGGAAAGAUGGUCCAAAAACCAUUCCCAACCAACCGUGACAAACGCCAAUAUGGUGUGUUCGAGUUGCUGCACUUUGACACCUGCGGGCCAAUGGAACAAGUCUCGAUCGGCGGCAGCAGAUACUUACUGCUUGUGGUUGACGAAGCCAGCGGUUGCAUGAAGGGCUUCUGUCUGUGGUCCAAUUCUGAGAGUGAAGUCUGUAUCAAGAACCACAUUAUCAAGAUUCAGAAUCAGUUCGGCACGAAGAUCAAGUUUGUUCGGCACGAUGGAGCGCAUGAGUUUGUGACCAACUCGAUCAAGACCUUCUACGAAGAUCAUGGUAUCGAACAACAGGUCACGGUGCCGUAUGCACACCAGACCAACGGCACCGCAGAAUGCGCGAUAAGGACCAUCUUCACGAUCGGACGGAGCUUGUUGCAUCAUGCAAAGCUGGAGAAGCGUUUCUGGGCUGAAGCGGCAAUGACGGCGAUCUACAUCAAGAACCGCCUGCCUUCACCCAAGAUCGACCACGAGACUCCGUUCGAGAUCGUGUACAAGUCGAAACCAAGUGUCAAGCACAUGCGCGUGUUUGGAUGUCGGGCGUUUAUCCUGACCCCAAGGGAGAAGCGAUUGAAGUGGGACCCGAAGGCUCGUGAAGGGAUGUUCAUGGGCUACGAAGAAGCGUCAAAAAGCUUAUCGAGUGUACGACAUUGA